UACGUCACAUUCCUGCAUUCCCUCUUUCCUCAGUGUGGGACGUCGGAGUUUCCAGCCGCACAGACCGAAUCCUCUUUCCCCACCUCUGUUUUUGAGAAACACACCCAUGACACGGCGGCUUUGACAGCAGGAGGUGAUCCCGGGUUCACCUGAAGUCGGAAUCUUGAGUCGGGUCCCUUUCCUCUGGUCCUUCCCCUCCUGCUCUUUUAUCAAUCGCAGUGCCGGUUGCCAUGGAGAACUCAUCAGUGGCGUCUGCAUCGUCUGAGGCAGGGAGCACGCGCUCUCAGGAAAUAGAAGAGCUGGAGCGCUUCAUUGACAGCUAUGUGCUGGAGUACCAAGUGCAGGGGCUGCUGGGGGACAAGGCUGAUGGAGACUUGGACAAUGGUGGCAAGGUGCCAGAGUGGACAGACAACUGCAAUGACAAGAAAGAUGGCAGCUGGACAUCUUCGUGGGGAAGAGGUUCGUCCAAGCCAGACGAGUGGGAACACAGCAGUAAUGGCAGCACAGGCUCCAGGCCCAGUUCAGGGUCCAGACCUGGUUCUGGCUCUCGAUCUGGCAGCAGAGGGAGGAACAAUCAGUUCAAAGCCCCCACCAAGAAUGGGAAUAAAGAUGGCCCCUUUGACAUCCUGGGCACAGACAUAUGGGCAGCCAACACAAGGGACUCGCUUGGAGGUGCAGGUUGGGACGUGCAGCCAGAGAAACUGGACUUUAGCCAUUUCCACAGGAAACACUUAAGAGGAACACCAAAGCACCUGCCGCAUAUUGACAGAGAGGGGAUGAACAAAAACACAUUUGAAGAAGAUGAUGGAAUAGACAUGAAUGACAUAGAAAGGUUCUUACCACAUCUGCGCUCUGUUUUCCCACCACUUCCUAAUGAGGCGGAGAUCGCACACACCAAAAAGCUCUUCCGACGCAGGAGGAAUGACCGACGAGCGGUUGAUCAGUUCACCCGAGACCAGUUAACCAUACUUCUGCCCAGUGGCCCCGGGGGGAAGCGGCAAGUCUCAGCCAGGAGACAGCAGCGGCCUCAGGGAGGAGGAGGUGGAGGAGGAGGAGGAGGGAAGAACCAGCCUCAGCAGAUUCAGCAACAGUCACUACAGCAUCAAAGGGAUCAAAUCCAGCAGCAGCAGCAGCAGCAGCAGAACAUAACAGAAGUGGGAGAUCACAGAAACAAUAGUGCUGACCGACCGCCUCGCCAGUACCAAGGAGGACAUGGGCAGCGCCAAGGAGGAGCCCCACACUAUGGAUACAGCCAGAAUCGGCGUUGGCACCACAAUCAGAAAGGUCAGGGUAUCGGACAGACAAACACUACAGGUGAUAAAGGUGCACCCCCGAGAACAACCAAAGACAAAGAGACUGAGAAUGUAAAAACGGGUGAUGAGCACAUCAGACCGCCUCAAGACUGCAGCUCUAAGAGUCCAGAUGAAUCACCCAAAUCUGAGUCAACACCCGUCACAAAUACUUUCACAGAUCUGCCCGUAAAUAAGGAAUCUCCCAACCCAGCAGUAGGCGGAAAGGCAAGCGAGGGCCAAAUGAAGCAGCCCCAAGUCAGCUUGCUGCAAUCGUCAAAGGAGAGGCUGAGGCGGAGACUAAAGGACAAGGAAGAGGCACGUGUCGAGGCGUCGGGCCCUGGGUCACAGAACAUGGACCGACUGGUUGACCUUCUCAACAGCAUGAGGAGCAACAGCAGCGGCGUGGAGCAGCAGCUCACCUCUUUCAUGGAGGAAGCACAGUGCUCGGCACGGUCUGAGGAGUGUCUGACUCAGGUGGUGGGCACAAUCUAUUCCAAGGCUGUGUCGGACAGAAGCUUCGCUGCCACAGCAGCAAAGCUCUGUGACAAGAUGGCGCUGUUCAUGGUGGAGGGGACCAAGUUCAGAUCGCUGCUACUCAACAUGCUGCAGAGAGAUUUCUCCCAUCGUGAGGAGCUCCAGCAGUCAGACGUGGAGAGGUGGUUAGGUUUCAUCACCUUUUUGUGUGAGGUGUUUGGCAUCAUGAGGAGCAGCUCCGGAGAGCCGUUCAGGGUGCUUGUGUGUCCCAUCUACACUUGCCUACGAGAGCUGUUGGAGUCCACAGACAUAAAAGAAGAUGCAGUCCUCUGUUGCUCCAUGGAGUUGCAGAGCACUGGGCGUCUCUUGGAAGAGCAGCUCCCGGAGAUGAUGACAGAGCUGCUCGCGGCCGUCAGGGACAAGAUGCUUAGUCCGGCUGAAUCCCAGCUGACCCGCUCUCUCCUCAUGGAGGUCAUAGAGCUACAUGCACAUCACUGGAGCCCCCUGGAGGCUCUCACCACCCAGUACUACAACCGUACCAUCCAAAAGCUUACCACCACUGCCUAGGUGCCAGCUAUCCCGGGAGGAGAAGAGACAUUUUCUAGUUGUGCAACAAUCUAUUCCUCUUGUUUUACCACAAAACAGCCUCCGUCUGGCUGUGGUUAUUGGAAGUAACUGUACAAUUUGAUCAUUUCUCCAACAUCGGCAAACACUGCCACAAACAAAGGACACAUCAGCCGCCACACAGUUAGUCUAGUUAUUGUGGUUAGUCUGUCUGACACAGAUUUGAGAAAAUACGACGAAACACUAGGAACUAGGAAAUAGAUUGCCACUAGGGCUGUGGGGGGGGGGUCGCCUGUGUGGCUGUUCAGGGUCAAAGGAGGGAACAGGCAAGAGAGGGGAGGAGAGGGCAGCAGUCUGUCCACAGGGAAUGGACGAUUCUGUACCCAAAGAUGAAUGGAGUGAGGGAGGGAGGAUGGUGGUCUGCGUAGAUGCUGCGUGUUCAUUUGCACCACCACCCUUUCAGUUCCUCCGUCUCUUUCUCCUUCCCCCACCUCUGUCUCUCCAUCAGCCCCUGGGGUCUGUGUGGCUGAUAAAAGAGGAGGAGGCAGGGAAUAGACACGGUGCUGUCUGUCUGGACUGUCUGCCGCGUCAGGCCAGGAAAGCAGGUCAAAGGGUCUCGGUGUGGAGCUCCCCAGAUCCCACAGCUCCCCCCACCACCACCUUUGUCUCCUCAGGUCCCCUUCCACUACAACCCCCCAGCAGGAAGCCUUUUUGUGGGGAUGAAACAGUGGGGGCCGGCUGGGCUGGGCUGAGGAUAAGGAUCAGGCUGGCCCGCGUAGAGUGGCAGAUGGCUGCUUGAGCUCUUGUGAGACGACACACUCCUGCCACACUCCCCCAGCUCCUGCCUCAUGAGUCUGGCUCACUGAUACCAGCAGAGGCAGCAGAAGUUUAAGGGGGGGAGAAAUUAUCAGACACCACUCUCUGAUAUUUGUUUUCUUUUGUUUUUGUCCAACAGGGGAAUGUCUCUCCUCCUCCAUUAAGAUGUGCAUGUCCAUGCUUUGUUAACCACAUCAUUGAUAUAUUAUUGCUAUAUUUUUUAAUCUUGCAUUGUUUUUAUUGUCUUUUCAUUUUGAAGUCUUGUUUUUAUGAUAAAAGAAUAUAUAUAUGAGUUAUAGCAGUAGGCCUUAUUGCACAGGUUUGAUUUGUUUUGCACUGUUUGGAGGCAAUUUGCUUUAAAAAAAAAUCAACAUAAGCAAAAGUUUCUAUUUGAAUCAGUGCUUAUGGUAUUAUAUAAGGACAAAUCUCAGUGAGAGGAGAUGGCUUAGCAUAGCGAGGGAUUGUAGGAUGUUUUAAUGGACUAGUGGCCUUGUCAAUUAUCCAUUUUUAUAGGAGCUCUCUUGAUUUGUGGCAGCAGGGAGCAUGCUGAGGACUUAACGGUUGGACUUACUUUGUUCUGUCGCUCAAGAC